AUGCGCCGCUUUGCCUCUGUAUUUUUACCAAAGCGUGACAAGAACGAAUCAAAGAAGUCGGCGACCGCUACUCGCAAAGCUGAGGAGGCUGCCUCUUUGGCGAUCCACACCGCCGUCUCGCCCGCUCAUCCACUUCCGCCGCCCCUCAACCUCACGUCCCACAGCAGCGAUCGCGCCCAAUCUUCUUCGUCUUCAACAGCGUCCGCCAGCAUACAGACCCCAGAUGAUGAGUCCCCGCUUUCUCGCUCCCUCACGAAAAAGUCGUGGAAGUCCUGGCUUGGUACGGUUAAGUCAGGCAAUUUGAAGCGAGGACAUCCCAACCACUCUCGGACUUCCCUUCACGCCCGUGAACCGAAGUACGACGCGGACAUCCACCCGCUCCCAUUUCUUCAUCUUCCUCCCCAGAGCAACAGACGGCUCAUUGAUUCCUCCACAUUUCGGCUUGAAACGACCGCACCGCCUUCCACGGAUGGGUCCGACGAUGCCAACAUAGCGCUCGCCAACGAUAUUGAUUCAAAUCAUCCGGAUCCUUUCAUUGCACGAGCAAAUGUCAGGAAGUUGACGCAACGGCGCCUUCAGGACGCGACAUGUUUGCCACCAUUUGCAAAUGUCACCGGAAGUCCCUUAUUCCCGAAAUCCUGUAACACACCUAGGCUUCCAAACCAACACGCCUUACUCGCGACCAUGUUUCGGCAACGCCUUCUACGGCAGUUGGAUGGUGAUGGAAUACCAAUGGACGACCCUGACAUCAUGCACUUCGCAUCGUUAGACCUCGGCCAAUACGUGCCGCCCCGAUCCAGCCUCAUGUCGUCUUCGAUUGACAUAUCGUUUGUCCCCACAGAUUUUCAUGUUUCAGGGUUCAGCACUGGUGUACGGCGCUGGAUAUCCCGACCAUGCUUUGAAGACAGAUAUCUAGUGUGGUUAUCGGAAGAUGGUGUAAUCGUUCGUAAAGGUGUCUCUGGUACUUCCUUCGCAGUCCUAGACCUUGAGUUUUCCGAGGCAAUGGAGGCGAUGGCUGGUUUUGAUGUGGGCUCACCAACCCCCAUGGAUGCCGCUCCGACAUACGAGACCAUUGCUAGGAGAGCUCCUACCAUUCCUGUUUUCCACCUUCCUGAGCAGCCUAGUGCAACCCACGAGUGCGGUGCAAGCCCAGAUGCCCCCGUUGAUGUCCCCACCACCCAAGAUGGCGCAAGCACUGUGGUCAAUGAUGCUAGUUCCUCCCCGUCUUCGUCGCACUCUGAAGGCGAAGUGGAGGAGCCCAUCGUAUCACAAUCGCCCCUGCCUUCCUUCCCAGUACCUACAGUCAAGCGUGGUGUUCGAUUUGCAGACGACGUUCCCGACCGCCUCCCCGUUGGAUACGCACAAGGAAUGAAGAAGCGUCGCGAAGAGAAGGCCAAAUUUCUCCGCGAGGAACAGGCACAACGGGCACUUGUAAUGGAGCGCAGAAAGAUUGAAGAGCAACGGCGACUCCUUGAGUACGAGAAGAGGCAAAGGGAGAAGGACCGCUUGGACUUUGAAAGGGAGAAACAGGCUUGGGAAAGGGAGAAGCGAGAGAGAGAAAGUGCUGAUAAAGAGAAACAAGAACGACGCGAGAAGGCUCUCAGGGACGAGGUUACUGCUGCCCGACUUCGAAGGGAGGCUCAACGAGCGGGGAACGUGCCUAGUGGGUUGAGAGAGUCGACGUAUGCCGGAUUAGAUGAUGGACCAGGGAGAUCGAAGCUUCAUCCUUCGUUCUCUUCGUCAACGUCCCUUCGCCAGGAUAGCCGAGAACGUAAUACCGCGGCCGGAGAAGUUUAUGACCCAACCUCUCGUGCCCGACCUCCCUCAAUUUCGGCUUCAACCCGACCUCCAACCACGAAUAUCAACAGCGCCUUGUCUCCAGCCACAGCUUAUGGACCUUCACAUACUCGUUCAUCUCCUUCGAACAGUGGGUCAUCUCCAGGCAGCUCAAGACCUCCCAGCCUUUCCGGCGGUGCUUCUUAUUCAAGCCACGCUCCCGAAGAUGCAGGUUCCAAGAUGAAGCGUCAUUCCGUAGCUUCAACCUCUUCAAGACCUUUCGUUGACCGUUCGUCCACUAUGCCUAGUUAUCCUACUUUCCAUGGCGGCCCCUUGCCAACGAUGUGGAAUGGGAGUCAACAAAGCCUCAACGGAAUGAUUAUGAUGGCGCCAGUGAAUCCGAUGAUGCCAGCCCAAAUGAACACCAUGAUGUUCCCUGGCGUUGGACUAGUUCCUUCGAUGAUGGACAUGCCAUUGCUGCCCCCGACGCCUCCAUUCAUGAUGCAACAGUAUCGCCGUAGCUCGAAUUCAAGUUCUUCAAGCCGUGAUCACAGUCUAGACCGACAGAGCUCUCGACAGCGAGAGAGCAGUCAAGGAAGUGGCAGGAGCAGCGGAAGCGAGCGGCUGCAUCAACGCCCCGCUAGCUCCGCUCCAUCUUCACCUCAGAACAGGCCGUCACAUUCCAGAAGAGGUAGUGCCGACAUGUCCCCCUCUGCGUUUCCUUCGUCAAAGCGUUCGUCCUCUGGCAUCAGCUUAAAUCACUCUUCAUAUCGUCCUGGGCCGUCAUCGUCGUCGUCGUCGCUUGCCCAAGGUAGUACUGCCAACCCCCACCGAUAUUCACAAACCCCUCCAUCCACCUACGAGCGUCCAUACUCUGAGCGUGGCCGCUCCCUCCACCCAGGGCAAUCUACCCGUAGUCCUAAUAACACAUCCCAACAAAUGCCGAGUCCAUGGACUGCUUUGCCAACCCGUCAUGGUGGCCUCCCCAGUCAAAUGUCCCCAAACUCAGAUCAACGGCAGUCCAAUUCACAGCAAGAACGGCCAGCUAUAAAACCUUCCGCAUCACGGAGACAAACUUUCCACACUUGA